AUGCCUGACCGUGGACUGCCCCAUCAAACAACUGAUGAACCGGUCUCUACACGUGUUGUUUGGGAGAUUCUUGGCCUUGUCUAUAAUCCUGGUCUCAGGCUUGUACAGCAAGGCGUGCAAACCGUCUGUGCUGCCACAGUUUAUGCAUCAAGGGAUACAUCCAAUGUUUCAGCUUCUUAUGCUGCUCCGGAAAUCGGCUUUGCCAACAAAUCUGUUCAACACAGUCUUGAAGCUGCCCAUCUUUUCCAACACCUUCAAGAAGAUGGCAGCCAAAUGAAAUCCAUUGCUGAGUGUGUAACUGCCAUGUCUCACAUGCUGAAUAGACUAUACACCCUUUUUGAGGCAAUUGCCAGCCUCAGAGCCAGAUUUCACCAUGCUCUCCACAUCAAUAUAUCACCUGAAGACUCACAAGAUCAACUGGUUUCAGACAUUGAGGAGCUCACUGACUCCUUAGGCACUGGCUCCAUUCCACUGGAGUUGAUUGGUCCACUGGUUACUUUCCUUGUUGGCGGGGUCAAGGGCCUCAUGGUUUACCCAACUGACAAGGGGAGAUAUCGUAUUGUGAAGCUCACCCACUUCAUGGUCCUAAUUGAUGAGAUACAUGGGGAGAGAAAGAUUGAGGAACCAAUCUGGAAGUAUACUCAAAAGUAUAUACUAGACACAAUUGAAGACAUCUUUUUUCCUUGA